AUAAGCAGUCCCUUCCAGGCGAACUCUCAAUCUUCACGGCGCCCACCGGGCAUGCCUGCCAUCGCUGCAGCCUGCCACAUUUCCGGCCUAGUCCCUGUAGGGCGCGCCGAAGAGUCUGGACCACAGGACCUUGACCAUGCCAACGCGGAGGGGCAUGGCACGGGAAGGGGCCCAGAAGAUUGGUAACAGCACGAAAGGGGGACGAUGGACUAUCUACCUAGGUAUAUCCAUCCGUAUGGAUCUCACAAUCGCCGACGAGCACACGACCUUUGACUUGACCACGAAAACGACGCAGGACAAUGUCGCCAUUGACUGGCUACGGGGUGGACGGGAAUAUCCAUUCAGCCCUCAGGAACGCAGCAUGAGGGUCGAUUCCAGUGGGACAGCCAAUCAACCAGGGGACAAGCAGCGAACAAGCUUUGUGCCGGUGCGGGCCUCCCUGCAAAGAAAUUCGGGGCCAUCUAGGCAGACAGAAAUGAGACUGCCCGGCUUCAAAAUCCUUCUGGAAUUGCUCUUCGUAUUCCGUCGCGCACAAGGGUUUGGCGGGGAACGGUGUUGCCGGCGGUACCCUUUGAGCAGAGGCAGGCGCUGCAGAACAAGGCGAGGUGGAACUCCGUUGAGAGGCACCUGUCGUACGGAUGCUAGUGCACCGCUAGCCUCGUGGUCAGGUCACUACUGCGCAGUAGGUGUGGUGUCGUUGUACCGGUGUUGGACCGUGAUGGUGGUGUUGAGAAUCCGGGGCUUGGGAUGCCGCGGGUCGCGAUUCUGGACGUAUUCUUUGUUGACAGCACUUGGUGUCUUGCAUGACCACGGAAGGCUUGGAACGACCGUUCGACGACAUUUCCCUAUUUCGGGGCUUCAUGGGUCAUGGACGCGCAAGCUACCGUGGUAUUUGGGUUUCCAAGAGGAUGGGAAAGUCUCCGAAUACUGGGUUGUCGUGUGUCAAGAAGGGGGCCGCGGAUCCUUCUGGGUAAGGCGGACGCGGACGCGGAUGUAGACGCAAUCCGUGGCAGGGUUGGUUUUAGGCAUGCAUCUAUGUAUUCCUUCCUAGAUCCGUCCAUGAUCUGUCCGCGAUUCGU